AUGCCUAAGAAACGGCAGCAUCUCAAGCCAUUCAAGCCCGCCCCGACGGCCUCUCCGGCGCCCGGGUCUUCGUCCAACGCAGCUGGCAAGACUCCCAGGAGCGUCAACGAGCUGCUGGCCAGCUUGCGGCACGCCUCUCUCGACUCGUCAGCUCCGCGGCAAUUGCCCACCGUCACACCAUCUGUGCCGCCGGCCCUCAGGCAGAUACUGCAGAUCCCAGACACUCCAACCCCCGCACCCAGACGGCAGCACAGGCAGAGGCUGGACAACAAUGGCCGCCGCCUCCCAGCUGGGCCUCCUCCUCCGCGAAGCUGGGUCGCUACCAGCAGCGGUGCUACGCAUCUCCGAGGCCAGGCGUCCGGCUCGUCGACCGUGAACCGGUGUGGCCUCGUCGAUUCGACUUUGCCGGGCACGCAUCUGCCAGCUCCGCGAAGUCUCAUCAAUCUCAUUCUCAGGAAAAUCGCUGCUGACUGGGAGCUUCACCGCGUGUUUAACCAGUAUCAUCUGAAUUACAUUCCUGCACAUCUUAAGGCUGCGCUCAUUCGAUGGGUCGGCAUUGCAAGCCCGGAUGGUCUAUCGGUUCAAGACCUUAGACUAAUACUCCUCCCCUCUCCAGAAUCUCUGGGCGAGGCAGAAGACGAUGGCAUCUCUGACUACCAUACAUCUGUCAAUGCCGAGGUGAACUACUUGGAUUUAUCGGGCUCCUUAGGCCGUUCCCUAAGCCUCAAGGAAGUCUCCGAGCUUCUGUAUCCGUCAAAGAAGCAGGAGGAUUCCACUGAACCGCAAGAAUCUUGGGACGAGAGCGAGACCACUCCAAGUCCUCCACGAGUACUGCUACCGAAUCUCACGCAUCUGUCACUCGCUCUCGACCCCCAAUUGGCCUCGGAAGCAUCGUGGAGACAGCUGCUGGCUCUGUCACCAAAGCUUACCACCAUCACUCAUUUGAGCCUUGCCUACUGGCCCGACCCAUCUCUUACCCCGCGAGCUCGCCUCUCCACGGUCACUACACCGCAGGGCCAGAAUAUCGCAUACGGAGGGACGAAUUACUAUUCUCACUCCAUAGAUCAUGACUGGAGCGAGGCUCUGUUGGUGCUAAGGAUGCUCAGCAGAAGCCUCUACGCACUCGAGUUUCUCGACCUCACGGGAUGCGCACCGUGGUUCAAAGCCCUGAUGUUGCAUUCGGAACAUGAUUUCGUCGACUGGGUCGGAUCGUGGGGGAAGGUUACGCUGCUUCGAAUAUACACCGGGUGGACCCCUGGAGAAGACGCUCUUCCGUCGGAGCGGAUUGCUUACCGUGAGGCUGUAGACGUUGCUACUAAUGUAGAGAGACAUAUCAGGGCUGCACGUGGAGGAAAGGGCAGGAUCAUUACGGUGGAAAGGAACAGGAUAGAUUAUUGA